GCGGAGGAGGAAAAAGAAGAAGAAGAAGAAGGGUUUGUUCCCGGAUAUACGUUCAAGCACAUGUCCUAAAACAACCUUGAGAAGACUACUAAACAGCUAGUUGUCAGUUUAUGUGACACAGCAAACCGGAACAGGGAUGCCAGUAACGAGAUUACUAUAUCCUCUCUACCAGCUGGGGAACCCACAGCUGAGAAUCUUCAGACCCAACUGGUUCUUGACGCUGGUGAGGCCUGGAAAAGAACAACCUCCUGACACGGUGCAGUUCCGCAUCCCAAUGGAGAUGACCAAGAAUGAUGUGAAAAACUACCUGGAGAAGAUCUAUAAAGUCCCAGUGGGAGCAGUUCGUACCAGGAUACAAUUUGGUUCCAACAAGAAGAGGAAUCACCUUAACCAGAGAGUUAAGCAGCCUGACUAUAAAGUAGCGUAUGUUCAGCUGGCUGAAGGCCAGACGUUCGCCUUCCCUGAUAUCUUCCCGGAAAAGACCAGCACACCAGCACAGGGCUCCAUGGAGGAAAUGCAGGAGAAGUUCAUGGAGGAUGAGAAGCAGAGGCAGAAACCUGACCCCAGGAGAGGAGGGGUCACGGAGUGGUUCGGACUCUGAGGCGGCCCACGCCAUUUAUGCCUGUACAUGUGUGUGUGUAUGUGUUUCAUUAGGUGAAUCAUGUAUUCAAGAAGCAACUGUUGGGGUGUCACUUUGUUUCGGCAUUCAAAGCUUACCAAAGAAUGACUUUGCUUCGAUCUUUCAUGAACUCAAGCAACCCAUGAACCUCCAUCUGCUAAGAUGACCUCCUACCUAGACUUUGUUCUUUGCCAUCUUCUCUAGGACCUCCUUUCUUUUCUUUUCUCCCAUCAUGACUUUAUUCAUUCACAGUGGAUCCUCUAAGGUUGAACACAAUGUAACCUAGAUUUCAAUUGAACUUUUUCUAUAAGAAAUAAAGCAUCAAAGUGUCACAUUUCCCAUCAUAAACCCUUUAUUAAGCUAACAGUGAGUUACGUUGUAAUAUUCUUUAUAAUCAUCAGCGUUAACCAAUAUUAAAACAUUGUACAGUGGAGCCUCGGUUAACAUCCGCCCCGCUUUUUUUGGUUAACGCUCAAAUUUUUUACGAAACUUUUUCCUUGGCUUGCGUUCACCCGCUUGUUUAGCCUCCAAAUUACCGUCCGGUUUAUUUACGCCACCAUAUUGGAUCACAGACUGAAGAUGAAAUGUCGUGGUACUUGCACGUGAUGGCACAAUGCAUCGUGGGCCGUGGGCGCCAUUUUAGUGCAACAUUGUUUGUUUAUAUCAGAUUUGCUGCGCUAGAGAGACAUACGCAACGUAACAAAAUACAUGGACUGCCCAAAAGAGAAAGGCGAUGCACCGUACAGUGGAGCAAGACCUCAAAAUUCUACGGCAUAAAGAGAAGACUGUCAUUUCAGAGGUUGCUGCGGUGCACACACACACAAUGCAUACAAAUCUCCGGUUCCCGCCUAACAGUCCAUCAACCCAGCGGUACAUCGAGGUUGACCUUCUGUUUCUGCCCGUCUCAUUUUACAUCCCUGACACUAAUUUCUGCUUCCAACAACAAAACAUAAGCAUUCAAACUUACUGUAGCAUGUUCGCGGCAUCCAGAGGUAAACAUAGCACGCCACACAUGUGUAUUGGUUCUAGAACCUUGAUAUUUAUUUUGAUAUAUCUUUUACAUUGUUGCAAAUUGUGGUUGCGGGAGAAUGUUUAUUUUGUGUUAUUUUGUUAAGUGAUGGUUUUGUGAGAGGGUUUUCCAACAAAACUAGGUAAAAAUAAUGUUAAAUGUUCAGUUGUCCUUUCAUUUGUAAUUAUUUUUGCAGCAUUUUCUGCCUGUAAAACUAUAAUUAUGGUCUAUAAAAUGUGUUUUGUGUUAACAUG